GUUAAAUAACGGCAUAUCACGAUUUCUUUAGCUCAUUCCAACAAAUAAUGGCUGUUGAUAAUAUCCGCGACAGAUACCAGGCUGCUGGCCACGACCACCUAUUCACUUUCUGGUCGACCCUUGAAGAAUCAGAACGCAAAUCGCUCUCCCGCCAACUCGAAAACCUUGACGUCGAUCGCGUCAACAGGAUUUACAAGAAGGCCAUCGCCUCUGAGAAGGAAGCCGCUGCCGACCCCGAGCCUAUUGAACCCCUUCCUGUUGGGGCGUGUGAGUCUAUCGUUAAUGAUUCUCCAAGCGAGAAGUCAUGGCGUAGUCAGGGCCUCCAGGCCAUCGCCCGUGGGGAGGUGGGUGUCCUCCUUAUGGCGGGUGGUCAAGGUACCCGUCUGGGCAGUUCAGCGCCCAAGGGUUGUUAUGACAUCGGCUUGCCUUCACACAAAAGUCUCUUCCAGUACCAGGCUGAGCGUAUCGCUCGCCUCCAAGUUGUUGCCGGGAAGGAAUGCAACAAAGCUGCAGGUUCAGUCAUCGUGCCGUGGUAUGUCAUGACCAGCGGUCCGACGCGUCGUGAGACCGAGGCAUUCUUCACGAAGAACAAUUUCUUCGGAUUGAGUUCAAAGAACGUUGUCUUUUUCGAACAAGGCACUCUCCCAUGCUUGACUGCGGAAGGCAAGAUCAUGCUCGAGAACACAUCGCGUAUUGCGGUCGCUCCUGACGGCAACGGCGGGUUGUAUGCCGCUACACGCACACCUCUAUCCGAGUCUAGCAAUUCAACAGUUCUUUCUGACUUGACUGAUCGCGGAAUUCUCUACGUUCAUGCAUACUGCGUUGACAAUUGCCUUGUCAAAGUCGCCGACCCCGUUUUCCUCGGCUACUGCAUAUCCAAGCAGGCUGACUGUGCUGCCAAGGUAGUUCCCAAGGCCUCUCCUUCGGAGGCAGUCGGUGUUGUCGCUCGUAGAGGAGAAAAGUUCAGCGUUGUCGAGUACUCGGAGAUCUCGAAGGAACAAGCGGAACUUCGUAACGCCAAGACUGGAGAUUUAGCUUUCAAUGCCGCUAACAUCGCCAACCACUUCUACACGACGAGCUAUCUCAAAUCUGUCAAAUCGUUUGAAGAUGACCUUGCAUUCCACAUCGCUCGCAAGAAGAUUCCCACAGUUGAUCUGAAGACCGGGAAAACAAUCAAGCCGAGUGAACCUAAUGGCAUGAAGCUUGAGCUGUUUGUGUUUGACGUCUUCCCCUUUACGAAGCGCUUUGCGGUCUUGGAAGUUGCACGUAAUGAGGAGUUCAGUCCGCUCAAAAAUGCGCCUGGAAGUGGUGCAGAUAACCCAGAGACUAGCCGUCGCGACCUGCUUGCGCAGCACAAACGGUUCCUGGAGAGGGCUGGUGCCCAGGUCAAGGAUGGUGUGGAGAUCGAGCUCUCUCCAUGUGUCAGCUAUGCAGGCGAGGGCCUGGAGUUUGUAAAGGGCAAGACCUUUACCAAGUCAGGUUACGUUGAAAACCCCGAGGAGCUCGAUGCUCUUUUCUAGUCGGUAUAGUAUAUCUUCAUGGACCUCUAAUCGAAUUUGGAUUGUGGACUUUUUUUGUACAACUACUCUUUCGCAUCGGUACAUGGACAUCCUCUUUCAGUUUUUCAGUCAAUACGUCUCACUUGUACACCCGA